CUCAAACGUUGCUGCUGCUGAUUCAUAUCAACGAUCAACGAAGCAACGACAAAGCACUCGUUCGCUCGACUGUGGAAUACACGAUUGUUUCAGAUGAAGAAGAGCAUCAGGUCGAAGGUCCUCACCGAAUUUAUCUUUCCUUACUUCACCCUCGAAGAUGUAAUAACUUUUUCUUCAACCGCUUAUUCUCUCACCCUCGAGCCGAAAAGCACGAUCGAGCGCUCGAUUUUACGCGAGACACAACUCUCACUCGCUCUCAAUGUUCAUCGACAAGAUUCACAGGCGCAUGGAACUCCUGAAAAUUUACGAUCCCGGCUACUUCGACGUGGGAUACCUCCGAAAUUCCUUCGGCACGGAGCCCGCUUAUCGAACCUCUUCCGGCCAGGGCAUUCUUUACGUCAAGAUAAGUGGACCCGACCACCGGGAUAGAAACCGAGAACACAAUGAGAUCAAAGUCUCGAGACCCGUCAUUGUACUCGUGGCAGGAAUGGGAGGAAGCGACUGGAUAGCAGUGACGGUGACGAUGCAGAUCGUGACAAAAUUGGUGACGAGUUACGAGCUUGGUAAAUUAUCGGGUUUCGAUUGGUGGAUUAUUCCCGUGCUGAAUCCGGACGGCUACAUAAACUCGCAGGAAUUGAGAAACUACAAAGCGAACGUGAAUCCGAGCGGCGGAUGCUGGGGCGUCAAUCUGGACCGAAACUUCCUGCCGCAGCGAGACUCUUGUAUUCACGGCAGGGAUUGGUACGCCGUACAGUCUGCAAUUUUCCUAGCGACCGAAUUAAUAAGUAAUCGUGAUCGAACUAGUGGAGAAGAUUUUGAUUGGUGGAUCGUUCCAGUCCUUAAUCCUGACGGCUACGAGCUCAGCGGAAUGGAUGCAAAAGUAAUGUUCCUUCGUCGAAACAAUAAUCCCUUAAAAUUCUUUUUUUCUAUCCCUUUGUUGAAGCAUUUUUCCGAUUCUCAGUGGCGAAAUUGGAAAAAAAAUCUUCACGGAGCUCACAGCGUCGACAGUCCCGAGUGUGCGGGCCUCGAUUUGGAUCUGGGCUUCGAGUACCAGUGGCUGGAUUGCGCAGCGAAUCCUUGCGAUCUCAAUUAUCCGGGAGAAGUUCCAUUCCUCGCUCCGGAAGCUCAAGGGCUGAGGGACACUCUGGAAGCGUUCAGUGACCACGUCGACACUUUUAUCGCCCUGAAAGAGGAAAAGCAGAUGUUGGUUUACCCGUUUUCCGACACUUCCCAGAGGCCCCGGAACGUGGAGAAAUUCGAAAAAAUAUCGAAAAAGGCUGUGAAGGCUUUUGGCAAGUACGUCGAAGGAGUUUACGAGCACGGGCAGAGCAGUUGCCUGCUGAACGUGAGUGCAGGGUUCAUCGAAGACUGGGCUAAAGUUCAUUUGGGCGUGGAAAAAAGUUUCGCAUUUUAUCUCGGACCUGCGGACAAAGAUCGACGUGACCUCAGGUCCCAACACCUCGAGAGCCACUUUUAUGAGGUAUAUUCGGACCGAGACAAGGAGGAAGAAUGUAAACGUUUGGUCCUGGGCCAUCCCCCGUGAGUUUUAUCAUCGACCUCGAUUUGAUUGUAAAAGCUGGUGGUCUUGGGUAGUGAUUCAUCGGUGGAACAUUUUCUGGAUGAUAAGCUCCGGGUCCGGGUCCAAAACCGAUGGCUGCGAAUCGUUGAAAGAAUUUUCUAAUAUAAAAUUAAUUAAGAAAAUUUUGAAUGAAGAAUUUUUAGUAAAUUUAUUGAUUGA